GGCGUUCCCUCUUGUGUGCCUCGCGGCGUGCCGCAGGAUGCGUCAUGUAUAUCUUUUCACCACCCCGUAUGUGAGUCUCCAACUUGCGCACGGUCGUGUCGGGUCGGCGUGAUUCGGUCGUGCUCGCACGUACGACGGCGAAUUAAAAUACAAUCGAUCGCGUGCAAAAUUGGAAUUUACUCGAGUGGUUGUCAUUCGUGUUUUCGCGUGUGUCAUCCCCUGCGACAUGGGAGCGCGGAUGACAUCUAUGUAGGGAAAACAGCACGGAUUAUAGCAACGACGAUCGUGCCGCUCAUUUGCUGACUGAGGUAUCAAUGAAUAAGAUGCACCUGAAAAAUGUUACAAGAGGGAGAUGAAGCCCCGUACGAGUUCACAUCCGAUCCAAAGGGAGAUGAAAUUCAGAAACUUAGUGUUAUACAAAAUCUACCAAGUCUUCUAGCUACAGACACGCAAUCAUGUAUGUCUCGAGUGGUACCUAAGAUGCAGCAAUCUCUGGCUACUGCAUCCACAGAAUUUCACAUAGCAGCAUCAUCUACAUUUAAAACAAUUUUAGAGCAAAAGCUUGUCAGCCAUAAUGUUUUUAGUCAGACAUUCCUUCAAAGUAUAUUAAAUUCUCUAGGAAGCCGUGACCCAGUUAUCUGUCAUGCAUGGUUGGAGACCUUGCUGGAUGUGAUAGAGUUACUGCCGGUAGAUGUCAUAAGAACACAGAUUCUUCCACUGACUAUAAGUAAAGGACAACUGUCACAGCCUAUCUACUCUAGAAUAAUAUGCAGUAGGUUGUUGGGCAAGAUUUGUACACGAUUUGAUGCUGCCAUGAUACAGAAAGAAGUUCUACCAACAGUAUACUCUCUUUGUCAAGAUGUAAGUAGUGAAGUGCGAACUAGUAUCUGCCUACAACUGCGUUUCGUUGCUGAAGGCCUUGGUGCUGAAUCUAUAAAACCUGCUUUACUACCAUCUCUCGUAGAAUUAGCAAGUGAUGAAGAGAAUAACGUAAGAUAUGCCUCUGUACAGACAAUAGUGUAUUUACUACCUCAUCUUCAGGAAGAUACAAUAAAAACUAUAAUAGCACCACUUGUUAAAAAACUAUGCGAAACUGCAGCUAAAUCGGAUGACAAUGUGAUAUGUAUAAUAGCUCAGGAGUUCGGAAAACUCAUGCUUGGCCUACAGAAAUGCUUAACGCUCUCAGAGAAAACAUGGUUCUUGAAGUAUUUUCAACAACUUGCACAAAUGGGAGUGCCAUCCUUGAAAAAAGAGAAGCCACAGUUUACGUUUAUCAGCAGCAGUUCUACACAAGAUGAAAAACAUAUUGAUUGCAGAAAACAUUGUGCAUUUAAUUUACCUGCAAUGUUUGCUUUUGUUUCUCCAGAAGACGUAGAUGCUUUACUUACAACACUUGACGCAUUGGGAAGUGAUCAUUUUUACAUGGUACGGAAGACUGUUGCAUAUGGGAUUCACGAAAUAGCGAAGGUUUUAGGACCGAAGUGCGUACGAAUAAAACAAACUUUAAUUAACUUAUUGAAAGAUGAUUCUGAGGAAGUGCUCCAAGGUUUAAUUCCCAAUAUAGGAUUAACACUAGAAUAUUUAGUUGAGACCCAAAUUAUUGGACCAGAUAAAUCAGAUUAUGUUAUCUCAGCCGAAAUUAGUAAAGCUUUAUUAAAAUGUGAAGCUGAAAUAGCAAAUACGCAUAAUUGGAGAUUGGCAUCUUUAAUGCACGCGCAGCUAGAGAUUUUACCAAAAUGUUUUUCCAGUGACUUCAUAUACACAUAUUUUGUUCCAAUGGCUUUUUCCAGAAUUUUGCACGCGCGACCAAUACCAGUGCGUCUUGCUGCAGGAACACUUUUUCUUAUCCUUCUACGAUAUAACGCAAAACCUAUACAAAGAGCAGAAAUGCGUAAUAGGAUUUUCACAAAUGUAGCCAAUAGUCCUGAUUGUUAUGUGAGAAUGAUGUUUGUUCGUAUAAUGGUUGAGGCAUUGGAAAUCUUUUCUUCUGUAUAUUUUAAAGAACAUUUUUUCAACGUUUUACUGAAUCUGGCUGAAGAUCCGGUGGCUAAUAUAAGAAUGAAAGUGGUAUCUUUACUGCCUCAGUUGAAAAGUCAACUGUGGAUACCAACUGAUAAGAAAUUGCUAACAUCAUUAGAAUCGGUUGUGAGGCACUUGGUUACCAAUGAGAAAGACAGAGAUGUACUGUUUAUUCUCAAAAAUGUAAAGCAGAAGUUAGAGGAAAUAGAUGUCAAAUAUGAAGGUCAAAGUAUAACAACAAAGAUCACCAAACAAGAUAUAGAAGAUGCAAGAAAAUUGGAAGAAGAAAAAAAAUUAGCAGGUAUAAGUGCGGACAAGUUAGCAACUGGAUAUUCAGUAAAAAAAGGGUGGACACGAGGUGAUAGCAGUACGAAGGGAUUAUCAAAGUCAAAAGGUGAGCAUUCAGUGGAAAAUAACGAACAGCCGUACGAAACAAAACGUUUAUUAACGAAAUAUGGAGUUGUAUUCCCGCGAAAUCAAUCGACUGAAACAUUGAAAACCAGAAUUCCACUAACAAAUUCUUGGGAAAGAAUAGGGUCUUUCAACUCGCAUACUAACACGUCGCAUCUUAACUUUGAGAAUGGAUCGUAUAGUGAUUAUGUCGCGCAACAAUCACAAUGUAGCUGUUCGAAAUUAGCAGUAUUCCAGGCUCUUCUGACAUUGCCGGAUGUGUGCGAACAAGAACAAAAAAGCGAGGCUUUUCAAUAUCAGUCGUAUCACAACGUCGACGAUGAUUAUACGAAGCUUAGAAAACUUCCGACCCAAGCAAAUGAAUAUAACUCUUCAGCUGUUGCCAACUCUUUCCUUUUAUCGUUCGUAAAAGACAACAAGCAAGAACCGCACUCUUUACUAACACGAGAUCAUUCGCGUGAAUUGCUUACUAACACUAGUAAGGACAGAGCGCCGAAUUUUGCCGCUCUGAGGGCAUUAACGAGCGCAGCUCACUAUAACUCUUGUUGGGCUUUUAGCUCCAUGCCAGAAAUGCCUGUGAUGCAGUCCGACGACGAAUUUCUAGUCGACGCUGGUAUCAGAAUACCGACGCAAUUCUCUGGUUCCCAAACCCCGUCUAAGAUUCCGCACUUGCAAGACUUUAUCGCCGCAAGAAGACGACCAAACACAACACAGGUUCGGCCUCGAAGUCGGCCUAGGAGCAGCAUGAGUUUCGAUAAGGGAAAGUUUAAGAGAUAUUCUUCUGUUGAAUACGAGGAUUGCGUGAGGCGUAGGAGUGAGAACGAGUCGUCGUCGAGAAGCACGUCGUUAGAUUACGAAGAAGGCUUGCGACAUUUUAACAUGCUAAAAGAAAAUCUGAGUGAUCAACGAUUAUUGAAGACUGAUGCGAGAACUAAAAGAUAUUCCGCGCCACAUGGGAGAACUAGAUUCGGAUGGGACGCCGGUCAAGACAGAUCUUUAGAUGAUAAAGUAAAGAGAAAUUCUUUGAUAUUUGAUAAAGACAAAUUGAAGCUCACUAGUACCAAGUGCACGUUGGAUCGAACCAAACGUCAUUCCAUGAAUUUUAGUAUGAAGCUUCCCGAUUCUAAAGAAAUGAAGCAAAAUGUGAAACGUCACAGUCUAGAAGAUCACACAACUGUACGCCGGGCAAUAAAGGGAUACUUUUCGACAUUGGACGUAAAUCAUAAUCAGGGUCUUAGCAAAAUUCCCCUUAGAAACAUCGGACCUCGUAGCAGAACCGCGCCCGCAACCAGAGCAUCUAGCCCAGUACAUAUGGAAACGCGAUUGAGAUUUGACAUUCGGAACUGUGAUGAGUCUCAAAGUUCCACUGGCGAUAGGCAGUUAAAUAGACUUAGCUCGAGCUAUGAGGAGGUUGAUAAAUUAUGUAGGAUGCUAUUACAUUCGUAAACGCCACAGGUAGAUAACACGGAAGAAACACCGGGAAGUAGAGAGGAAAUAUCCUCGUUCGCUUGUUAUUAAUGAGAAAAAUUUAUGAAAUGUAUAUUGUUACAUGCAUUGCAUCGUUUUUACCACUUUUUCAUUAGAUUUACUGGUCAUACUAAACGACAAUAUUUUCGUACGCAGAUAUACUCUUUUUGUUAAUAUUACAACAACAGUAAAUUAAUUUAUUACUUAACGUCUUUAAUAUCUUUUCAUGUAUUUAUCUCUCUCACGAAUGAAUACAUAAGUGUAGAACAUUUUAGUUUGAUAUUAUGCAACUCUCUUUAAUUUUUCGGCAUUGCAAUAUGUGUAACAUAUAGCAGUUUUAUAUACAAUCGUUACAUAUAACAGCUUUUAUUUGAACUAUAUAUAAAGUUAUACACGAUCUUGAUAGUAUCAGUCUAAAAUCUAAAGUCACAUAUCUUUAACAUAGAGUUUUAUCGAUAAUUUAUUUUGUGAGAACACAAUUUUUAAGAAUUCAUCGAUCUUGUAAAUGCCAAAUCAACAAGAGGGCACGGUAGUUUACUCAUAACGCCGCGUCAAAUUUAAGUUUUUUAAGAACGUAUACAAGUUUUACUCACACAAAUUUCGACACUUAUAAGAUUAAGUUUAUACAAUCUACUGGCUUUAUAUCUAUAUGAAUUACUCGCAUAUCGAAUUUAGUAUUGCUUCUUCAAUUCAUCAAAAACAGGGUAUAUUUUUUAUAAUUCUACCGAGUGACACAACAAUUUUUCUACAUCGUGCCUUUUCUAUAAUAGUAGUCUGCAUUAUUUAUUUACUACAAAUGUCUAAAAAUUUUCGGUUUUUUUGAAUUAAUAACUGCUUAUAUAUUUCCUUUCUUACGUGGAAUUAAUAUAAUAAUAACAAAUAUUUAAAAAACGAUUUUCUCCAUAUUUUAUUUAAUUAGUUAAUUAAUUUGUGUAAACCUGAAUAUAUAAUUAGCUAAAUAAAUAACUUCAUCAAAUGAUUGGCGUGCACAAAACAGAAAGAAGUACAUUUUGUUAAGAAUAUUUUUUGUUAUAUAUAUGAUACACAAUAUUUACUGCAUGCCUGUGAAAUGGCUCUAUGUACUUAUAAACACAACGAAUAUAUUCAAUUUACUAUUGUUUUUUUUUUUUUUUUUUUUUAAUAGUUUAUUGAAUAAAAUA